UUUAGGUCGGUCCUAUUUGAGGAGGAUGGGACUAACCUUCAGUCAUGGACAUCACUCCGGGAGGGUACCGCAGCUCCAGGUCUUAGGCAAUACGUAGAAGAGUCUAGUAUUGAGACAGCCUCGGAUCCAGAACCUGCGCCAGCUCGAGAAAUAAUUACCUUAGAUUCCCCCGCGGAAGCUCCGGGGCCGAUGGUCGUAAUCAUAGAUUCUUCAUCUAGCUCGGGGGGUAGGAUUCCCUUUAGUACACAUACAUACUUGAAUUUUUCUUUUUUUUUUUCCUUUGUUUUUGUUUUUGCAUGACUGCUAACUUGUGUACUAACCAUGUCUUUGUUUUUCCAGAGGAGAUGUCUCAGCCCGGGGGAAAAAAUCUGCGGUCUGUGUUCACCGGGGGGAACUCUUCAGCCGGGGCCUCUGGGCCCAAAAUGAAGAAGCUCCGGACGUCGAAGAAAGCCGCUGGGACCCCCACCAAGUCUCCUGCAAAGGAAAAAGAGCAGCCCCUAGCCGCCCAGGUCGAGGAAACUGUUCCUCCUGCUGCAGGGGGGAGCAUGCCCCUACCCCCUCUGCGAGCUCCGGCCUUCAUCCGGGAUACAGGGGCGGAGCCCGGGGCUUCGGUGAUCGUGCCUCCCGAGGUGCGCAUCCCGGUUGACCCCCAGGACCUGGAAAAGAUUCCAGACGUCUUUCGGGGGACGGUGUAUGAGACGGCGAACUACGCCGUCAGCCACUUCUACCGCUUCAACGAGAGGGAGCUCAGGGCCAUCAAAACCAGGAGCCCAGUGGGUGUACUGGAAUCUUCAUUGGGCAUGGCCCUAACGAGUGCCCUGGCCCUUCAUCGGAGCAUAGCCAGGACCAAGGCCCAGCUCGAGGAUAUGAGGAGCGAGCAUCAGGCGGUUGUGGCCACCCACCAGACUUCCUUGCAGACGGCUAAGGAUGCCAUGGCGGCCGCGCAGGCCGAGCUGGAAGAGGCCCGUCCCAAGCUUCAAGAGGUCGAGGCAACCAAAGCCGCCCUCGCCGCCGCUCGGGCAGAGCUAGAUACUGCGAUGGCUGGGACCGAGGAGGCCAAGGACGCCCUGGAAACCGAGAAGGCAGCUUCAGUCACCGCCAUGGAGGAUUUUGCAAAACCUGCCUUAAAGGCUAAUCUGUCAUGA